AUGCCUUUGCUGAAAAUCUUGAUCUGCGGAGGGGGCAUUACAGGAAAUGCUCUCGCAUUUUGGCUUUCCAAACUUGGCCACCAGGUCACCGUCAUCGAGCGUUUCCACGAGCUCCGCGUAACGGGUCUACAAGUCGACCUCCGUGGCCAUGGCAUUGAGGUCUUGCGAAAGAUGGGCUUGGAGGAAAAGUUUCGAGCUCAUUCCAUCAAAGAAGCAGGGUUGGCUUUUGUCGAUUCCCGGGGAAGACAAUGGGCGUAUUUUCCUGCAAAUCGCUCCGGUCAAGGCUUGCAAAGCUUCACCACCGAUUUUGAGAUCAUGCGGGGAGACUUGUGUCAAAUGCUUCAUGAUGCCACCGAAGGCCGUGCCACAUACAUCUUCGGAACUUCUAUUCAAACCAUCACUGAACAGCCGAGUUCCGUAAAAGUGGCAUUCUCAAACGGUCGUAACGAUUGUUUUGAUUUGGUCGUUGGUGCUGAUGGACAGCGGUCCCGCACACGUCAGUUGAUCAUGGGCCCCGAAGAGGCAGAUCCUUUCCAUUCUUUGGGGAUGUAUGGUGGAUACUUCACCAUCCCCAGAAAAGUGCAAGAAAAUGAAGCAUAUGCUGCGACAGCCUACAUCGCCCUAGGAAGUCGAUUUCUCAUGACGCGCAGACACGAUCCUCUUAGAAUACAGGCUUAUAUGUUCUGCAAAUUCGACCCCAAACGCAUCGAGUGCAGCCGGACUAGGGCCGAUAGCGAAAAGAACGCAUUGAAGGAUAUCUUCCGUGACGCCGGCUGGGAAAGUGAGAAAAUCCUUCAAGCGCUUGAUGUUGCCGACGAUUUCUACGGAGACGUGAGCGGCUUCAUCAAAAUGAGCUAUUGGUCGCGCGGACGUGUUGUUCUAGUCGGCGAUGCAGCGUAUGGAUCAUCCGGUAUGACAGGCAUGGGCACAACAUCUGGUCUCGUUGGUGCCUAUGUGCUGGCUGGGGAGAUUAGCGAAGCAUUUGACCGAUCCUCUGAAGACAUGCCUGCGGGAAAGCUCAUCGCCGCUUUGGAGUCUUACGAAAACAAGUUUCGACCUUUUAUGAAUCAAGUCCAGGAAGGCUUGUCGGAUAAUUAUUCGGCUGGUUGGGAUUGGGUUUUAUCAAAGCCUCUCAUCAUCACCAUCUGCUAUCUCCUCUUAGCGAUGGCAUCCUAUCUGAGACUUGACAUAAUUGCCCAGUGGUUCCUUUGCGAAGAUAUUAAGGAUUGGGACCUUCCUGCCUAUCCAAGCAUGGUCGAUGCUUGA